AUGGAGGUUAAUGAUGUUCUUUGCGAGGAAAGGAUUUUCAAAAUUGAAAUUGAGGAAUUUCAAAUUGAUGAAAAUGAUUGUCAAGGAUCUUAUUUAUGUCAAUCUGUAGAUUUUAUGAAGAAAGAGGAACUUGGCAAUAAUUCAAUAAUUACUGAGGAAAUUACUGUUGUACCAGCUGAAUUUAUCAAAGAAGAACCUGAAGAUACCGAUGAUGAAAAUUCAAACAUUUCAAUUUCUACUGAAGAGCCCGACGCCGUAAAAACCAACACCACCUUACCUGAAACUUCAACAGCAAAACGUACAAGAUCCGAGCGAAGUCCAAAAUCUUCACCAAAAACCAGUAACACAAAAAAGAAGACUAAAAAAUUAAAUCCAAAAAGUAUCAACUCAGAAUCAAAGAAAGUUGCAAGAAGCACUUUACAAAUUGAACCGGCGAAAGUUUAUACAUGUGAAGUAUGUUCCGCGCAAUUCCAUCGAAAAGGAAAUUUCAAUCAACACAAACUAGUCCAUACCGGCGAAAAGCCUUUUGGAUGCAAACUAUGUUCCUCGAGAUUCAAUCAAAAUAGUUCUUUGAAGCGACACGUGCUAACGCAUUCAGAAGAGAAACCUUACGCUUGCCAUAUGUGUUCCUGGAAAUUCCGACUGAAACAACAGUUACAAUCUCACCUGAGCACCCACAUGGAAGAAAAGCCCUACACAUGCGAUAUCUGUUCCAGAAAAUUCCGCCAGAAAGUUAGUUUAAAAAGACAUCUUAGUAUCCACUUCGAUGAAAAACCUUUUUCUUGCGAUGUUUGUUUACGAAGCUUUCGGGAACGCGGUCAAAUCAAGAUUCACAAGCGAAUCCACUCUGGAGAACAACCCUACGCUUGCGAAAUUUGUCCUGCGAAGUUCCACGAAUUUAAAAUUGAUGAAAAUGAUUGUCAAGGAUCUUAUUUACGUCAAUCCAUAUAUUUUGUGAAGGAAGAGGAACCUGAAAAUAAUUCAAUAAUUACUGAGGAAAUUACUGUUGUGCCUGAAUUUAUCAAAGAAGAACCUGAAGAUACUGAUGAUGAAAAUUCAAACAUUUCAAUUUCUAUUGAAGAGUCCGAUACCGAAAAAACCACCACUACCUUACCCGGAACUUCAAUAUCAAAACGUACAAGAUCCAAGCAAAGUCCAAAAUCUUCACCAAAAAUCAGUAACACAAAAAAGAAGACUAAAAAAUUAAAUCCAAAAAGUAUCAAUUCAGAAUCAAAAAAAUUUGCAAAAAGCACAUUACAAAUUGAACCGGCGGAAGUUUAUACAUGUGAAGUAUGUUCCGCAAAAUUCCAUCGAAGAGGAAACUUCAAUAAACACAAAGUAGUCCAUACCGGCGAAAAGCCUUUUGGAUGUAAAUUAUGUCCCUUGAAAUUCAAUCAAAAUAGUUCUCUGAAGCGACACAUGCACACGCAUUCUGAGGAGAAACCUUACGCUUGCAAUAUGUGUCCCUGGAAAUUCCGACUGAACCAUCAGCUACAAUCUCACCUGAGCACCCACAUGGAAGACAAAUUAGAAAAAAUGAACAUGGAAGUUUUGCCAUUUGAAACAGUGGUCAUAAAAGUUGAAAAGAAUGAUGAGGAAUGGCGAAUAAAUGAAGUUCUGGAAAAUCCUUUAGAUAUUGGAAAAUUAGAAGAUGAACCUGAAGGAAAUUCAGUGACUUUAAAAGAUACUAUUGAUGUACCUGAUGUCGAAUUUAAUGACAGUGAGUUAAAGGGAAAUCGAGAUUAUCCGAUAGAUAUUGAAGAAAUCAAGAUCGAAGAAACUGAAGAUCCAAUUUAUCCAAAUAUUACUGAUGUAUCAAAGAAGACAAUCAGAAAAAAUGCAGUAAAAGAUCUCCAGGAAAUUCCCACAGAAGAAGCUCCAAAAAAUGAAUCCAUGUGGAAAACAUUCAAGUGUGAUAAAUGCGCAAUAGAAUUUGUCAACGAAAGUUCUCUGGCGACUCACGCGAAGAAAUACAAAUUCAACUGCGACGUCUGUCCAAAAUGUUUCAUAUCAAGACAAGGAUUAUGUGCUGAAACUUUGCCGUUCGAAAACAUUGUUGUUAAAGUUGAAAAAUGUGAAGAUGAGGAGAGUUGUGAUGAACAUAAAGAUCCUUUACACGAUUUCCCUAUAGACACUGAGGAAGUUAAGGUUGAGAUAUCUGAAGAUUCAGAACUUCUAGGAGACAUUGCUGAUGCACCCAGCCUGAUAAAAAUAGAAGCUGAAGAAGCUAAAGAAUGUGCCAUAAAAACAGAACCACCAAGUUCGCCAAUUAACGCCAUGGAAAUGUUGGCUGAUUUGAGAAAAGUCGCCGGAAAGAAGCACUUGGUGAAGAGAAAAUGGAAGCGUCCCCGUAGCCAAAGAAUAAAGAAGGAUUGGUAUCCGAAAAAUUGGAUUUGUGAUGUUUGCUCUGCUAAAUUUGCUUUCAAAAGUGGUCUUGCAAGACACGUGGUCUUGCACACGGACGAUCGUCCUUUUGCUUGUACAAUUUGUCCCAGGACAUUUCGUUACCUGGAUAACUUAAACAGACACCUACGAAUUCACGCAACCGGGGAACAAAAAAGAUAUAUUUGUAACGUGUGUUCCUUGGAAUGUGCUUCUGGGCGUGGAUUAGCAAGCCACAAAAGGAGUCACCUGAAGCCAAAACCUUUCAUGUGCAAGAUUUGUAAGUCUAGAUAUCAUGCAGAUAUAGGUUUGAAACUACACAUGCGGGUCCAUACUCACAAAUUUCCUUUUACUUGCGUAACUUGUUUGGCAACUUUUGACAAAAGGCUUCACUUGGUCAAUCACAUGAAGACUCAUAUCGGCGAAAAAAUUUCUGGGAAGAAAACUUUCAAUUGCGAAAUUUGCUCCUGGACAUGCCAUCGGAAGUUUCAGAUGACCAAGCACAUGGAAAUGCAUGCUUUCGAAAAUCUUUUCACUUGUGAUGUCUGUUCUGCGAAAUUUCGCCACAAAACGUCGCUGACUAAUCAUAUGGCAUUUCAUAAGAAUGAAAAAUCUAAGUUGGUAAAUUCUAGAGGCUCAAGAGGUCGUCGGAAGAAAACUUCUUUGGAUGAGAGUCUGUCCGAGAAGAAAAAUUUGAAGAUGCAAAAAACUGUAGUAGAAAAAUGA